AGCCGUCCCCAUCCUCUUCCUCUCCCUCUUCCUCGCCACUUCCAAAGCCACAUUUCACCAUGACAUAAGCAGCCCGCCCGGCUCACAGGCUUGUGUUCGCAGCAUCCCAAGCAGGAGCGACAUCCAACCUGACACAGUCCUCGCUCGUUUCUCUUGUAGACCCGUUCACGCUUCUCUUUUUCAUCCGCUCCCGGGAGAUAAGUUCCCGUAGAAUUACAGGAGGCGGCUCGUUUUUUUUCCACUUCGGGGAAUCUGCAUGGAUGUGGCAGCGCCGGGGACGUCUCUGCCAGGUAUCCUGCUCCGGAAUCGGCCGAUGCAAGUGAUGCCAGACGUGAAGAAGGUCAGAGCGAGACGGAAAAGGCGCAAAGAGUUGGUCGUGAUCCAGAUAUGCGUGUUCGCUGGCUUGCUUCUGGUCGUCAAGUGGUUUUCCCUCUUAGCGGAAAAUUCAGGUUUUGAUGUCUCCAACAAGAGCAGGGGAGAACAGGGGCGAUGGGGAGGAAGGAGGCUACUGCAGGAAAUGGACAACGGUAGCCUGGAGGAGGCAGGGAGCCAAGGACCCAAGAACUGCACUGCUCCAGCUCUGCAUGAGUUCCCUACAGACCUGUUCACAAACAAAGAAAGAACAGAAGGAGCUGUGGCCCUGCAUGUCCUUUGCACCAUUUACAUGUUCUGUGCCCUGGCGCUGGUCUGUGACGACUACUUUGUCCCUUCCCUGGAGAAAAUAUGUGAGCAUCUCCAUCUCAGUGAAGAUGUGGCAGGUGCAACCUUCAUGGCCGCUGGCAGCUCCGCUCCUGAGCUCUUUACCUCAGUUAUAGGGGUGUUCAUCACCAAAGGUGACGUGGGCGUAGGGACAAUUGUGGGCUCGGCCGUUUUUAACAUCCUCUGCAUAAUUGGAGUGUGUGGCUUUUUUGCCGGCCAGGCAGUGAAGCUCUCCCAUUGGGCUCUACUGAGAGACUCCAUCUACUACACCUUCUCUAUCACAGCCCUCAUUGCAUUCAUCUAUGAUGAGAAGGUGUGCUGGUGGGAGUCUCUUGUCCUGAUUCUUAUGUAUGCAGUCUAUAUCCUCAUCAUGAAGUUCAACGGUAGGGCACAGCGCUACUUCAGCCGGAGAAAGAAAAGCUCCAUCAAUCUGACCAAUGGGCUGACAGGAAGCACGGAUCUGGAGGAUAAUGUCACAUGUGACGCCACUGCAGUCUUGCUAAAGAAAGCUAACUUCCACUGCACUCCAUCUGUGCUGAUGGUAGAUGAGCUGCUCUCCACAUACCCCCACCAGCUGACCUUCUCCGAGGCUGGAAUGAGGAUCAUGAUCACCAGUCAUUUCUCCCCCAGGACCCGGCUCACCAUGGCCUCUCGUAUGCUUAUCAAUGAGAGACAAAGACUGAUCAACACCACAGAGACUCGAGUCAAUCGGAUCACCAAUGGUGACUCUGACUCAGUAGUUAGAGUUCAGGUGAGGCGGGGCCUGGAGAAUGGCUCGGGAGGAGCAGAGCACGGUCUGAACGGGAGAUGCCGACUUCCGUCUGGAAACAAGACAGAGAAUGAAAAUGAAUACAAUGACAACAAUGAGAACAAUGAGGACAGAGAGGGAGAGGAUGACAACAAGGGUCCCUUGGUGCCGUUUAAAGUUCCAGCUGGGGUGUGUAACAAGCUGAAGUGGCUGACUAUGUGGCCCCUGUCAUUGCUUCUCUUCUUUACGGUACCCAACUGUUCCACGCGGCGCUGGGAGAAAUGGUUCAUGGUCUCCUUCUUUACAGCCACUCUCUGGAUUGCUGGCCUGUCAUACAUCAUGGUCUGGAUGGUAACUGUUAUUGGCUUCACCCUUGGUAUCCCAGAUGUCAUCAUGGGCAUCACAUUCCUAGCAGCAGGCACCAGUGUGCCAGACUGCAUGGCUAGUGUUAUAGUGGCACGGCAAGGUCUGGGAGACAUGGCAAUCUCCAACUCCAUAGGCAGUAAUGUGUUUGACAUCUUGGUGGGUCUGGGCCUGCCGUGGGCACUGCAAACACUCUGCAUCGACUACGGCUCAAUCAUCCACCUCAACAGCAGAGGGCUCAUAUUCUCUGUAGGUCUCCUAUUAGCCUCAGUCUUCUUCACAGUCCUCGGUGUCCAUUUAAACAAAUGGACCCUGGACUGGCGACUGGGCCUGGUCUGCCUCGUCAUGUACGCCGUCUUUCUAUGUUUCUCCAUCCUCAUCGAGUUCAACGUUUUUAUCUUUGUCAAUUUCCCCAUGUGUCGAGACAUCCACUGAUCUACUUCCUCUUCUGCUUCUUCCUCUGAUGGAAGGAAACUCACUGGGCUGACCUUUUAUUUCAAUUCAAUGAUUUGUGUAAGAUUUAUCUAUGGUGCAAUAUACAGAGUGGACACUGGAGGGUGUGGGGGUUUGAGGAGCAGAUAGGAGGCAAAAAGAAAGUCUCAGCAGAGUUUGCUGCCAAUCAUCUAAUGAACCAAAAGGUUGAUUGAAGUGAACAUAUCUGUAUUGAAAGUUAAGCUGUUGGUGAAAGACGCUGCUAUAGUAACAGACUGAUGGAGACAGGGAACCUGCUCUAACAGCAACUUUUAGCUGGAUUGUUUGUUACUCUUUGUACAAGUUAAAUAUGAGCACAUGAUAAGGUAUUUUUAAGUACAAACUAUAUUUCUCUGUACAUAUUUAAAGUCUAUAUAAAUAUUAAUGUUAGUUAACAUGUGGGAUUCCUAUAUGCACAACUGGGUCAGUCUCACAAAUUUGAACGAGCCAACGACAAUGGUGGCAUUGUAUGUUUCAGUUGACUGUUUGGUCACGUUCCAAACCUUUCAACAUGCUUAGUACCAGCCAACCCAGCAUGCUGUAUGAACCACAAGUCCACUUUGCACCAACACACUUAGAGGCUUCUACAGACAUAUCCUAAUAAACAUGGGCUUUAACCUUCUGUAAUAAUGCCCCUGUAGGAAAGGGAGCCCCAUCCAGCACUGUCACUUUACUGAUUACACAUAUAUAUUAGCAUUGCGAAGCAUCUACAGGUACUCGAAACACAACGGCUGAGGUUGAAGGUACCUCUAGACUGCAGCUCUAGCUUUUAGUUUGAGUUAAAUAGAACAUUUCUUGAAGCCAAAAGUAUUUCUAGAAUAGAAGAAUAAGUGUUGUGGGUUUGGAUGUGUGUGUGUGUGUGUGUGUGUGUGUGUGUGUGUGUGUGUGUGUGUGUGUGUGUGUGUGUGUGUGUGUGUGUGUGUGUGUGUGUGUGUGUGUGUACGUGCGUGCGUGCGUGCGUGUGUACGUGCAUGCGUGAGUGAGUGAAUCAGAAUGUUGAUGGGAACCAGGACGCCACUGUUUCCGGGAAGACAUAAUCAUGAUUUAUUUAUGAAUUAAUUUAUUCAGAGAUCAUGUCUAACCUCCAGUUUCAGGCCUUUGGCUCAUCUACGUUGUCUUCAAACGAAUGAAAGCUGUACAAUGUACUGUACCUAAUAUAUAAUCCAAGUAAUGGACGCUGACUUGAUGUUGUUUAUAUUUAAGAACUUAGAACUUUAUACCUAGUUUUGUAUAGUAAAAAAAUAUAUUGCUACAUUUGUAUUUGGUACAAGUGUCAUACAGUAUGCAGUCAGCUGGGGUUGCCAUGGAGAUGUAUUUCAUUGAGGUGGGCUGGAAUCACAGUCUGGAUUCACAAGAUUCACAUUCAGAUGUAAAAAAUAAUAAUAUUAAUUAAAGAACUAACUGCCUUUUAACCUCUUAUAUUUCACUUUCACAAUACAGAUUUUCUUGUGCCGUCCUCUGAGGCUUCUAAACAGCAGCUUACAGCCAAUCUCCUGCCUGUACUUGAGCCAAACAUAUAGAGAACACACAUUUGUCUGUGUUUUAGCAUGUGUUCAAACCAAAUGUAGAAGAUGUGUAUUUUGUUACCUAGCACUUCUAAAUGAUUGGAAAGCAUCCUCUUCAGGUGUUGAUUGUCCUCCUCUGGCCACUAGAGGGCGGGGUAGGACGGCAGUUUGAGUACAUGUUCAGGUACAGUAGGGUACGUAUAGUAGAGACAACUACAGUCAGGUUUGCAUGCCUCUUUGGUGAUUUCAAUAGAUUUAUGUAAGUACAAAAAAAGCACAGUCUGGAUUUUGCUGUACAUAUCAGACAAACAUGUCUGAUGAUUAUGUUGGAGAUACUUACAGUAUUUAGAAUGUACGCAGCAGUUAGUUCUAGGUAAAUAAUGUUGUUUCAUGCUCAUGUCUGUAAGUCAUCAGUUUUGUUGAAGGGGACCUCCGGGCAGAAACACUAACAUGUCACCCUUGUUCCCAGCGGUCUUCUCGCAAUAAAAUGGUUUACAUACACAA